AUGGUCCAGCAGGCUGUACAGAGAGGAGCUCCAGCUGCUUACGCCCAAGAAAUGGAGAGGCUAACCGCUAAAGAAUCCCUUCUUCUUGCUAGUGUAGUUUUUGAAUUUGAAUCAUGGACUUUCUAUUUAUCUUGUUCCGAUCUGCAGUCCAUGCAACGAGGCGAUCCAUCUUGGGUUGGUUAUAUAUAUGCCUUCUUAAUCUUUUCUGGAGUGCCUUAUGUUGACUGGUUCAAAUGGGAUGGUGCUAAACAUCCCCUUUCAAAUGCACCUGAACCCAAGAGAUGCUUCACUCGUUCAAAGAGCGAAGAUAAAAUGGUUGUUCGCUAUUGUCGGGCUAUUCGUAAGGGGUUGAUUAAAUUUGAUGAGCCUAAAGAAGAACCAUCUGUCUACCUCUUGUGGGGAGAUGAAUCCAACUCUAACGAAAAGUCUGGGCAUUUAGCUUAUAUUCCUGCGCCGAAGCCGAAAUUGCCAGGUCACGAAGAGUCAUACAAUCCCUCUAAAGAAUAUAUCCCUACACAAGAAGAGAUUAAUGCUUAUCAUUUCGUAUAUGUAUUGACCUUUUGCCUGAUUUAUUAGAUAGUAAAGCAGUUG